CCCAAUCUCUGGGGCUCACUCAGGGGAUCCUCCCACCCCAGCCUCCCAAGCAGCCGGGAUUAUCAACACGUGCCGCUACCCCUGGCUAAUUUUUCCUUCGCAUACUUCUUGGACUCGCACAGUGGAGACAGACAUAGACACCAAUACAUCACGAUAGAGUGUGAAGGAAUGAAAGGAAAUAGAAUGCACCGUAGGCUGAGGUGCCAGCUAGUCUCGGCUCAGGGGGAAGUGGGAAGAGCUACAGAGAAGGGGUCAUUGGAGGUGCCUGGUAAACAAUAGCUGUUGUCGGGUGCGGUGGCUCACGCCUGUAAUCUCAACACUCUAGGAGGCCAAGGCAGGAGGGUCACUUGAGCCCAGGAAUUCAAGACCAGCCUGGGACUGGGUCCCUUUUAGGUGAGACUAGAUGAAAAGGACUCUUCAGCAGCUGUCUUCAGAACAACUAAUUUCUGGCAGGUCAGAGUUGGCAUUGCUCAAAUCUGGGCUUCAUUUCCGAGAAGUUUCACAAGUCUGCCAGGGGAAGUCCCUGGACUUCUUGCUUCUUUCAUGUAGGGCAGGCUGUCGAAACCUCAGUGGAUAAAAGACCUAGAGAAUGUGCAUCCCAGAAGAAGCUGGUCGAGGAUAUGGGAGCAACCACCAUGGAACAGAAGUCUCUCUGGGCAGGUGUAGUGGUCUUGCUGCUUCUCCAGGGAGGAUCUGCCUACAAACUGGUUUGCUACUUUACCAACUGGUCCCAGGACCGGCAGGAACCAGGAAAAUUCACCCCUGAGAAUGUCGACCCCUUCCUAUGCUCUCACCUCAUCUACUCAUUUGCCAGCAUCGAGAACAACAAGGUUAUCAUCAAGGACAAGAGUGAAGUGAUGCUCUACCAGACCAUCAACAGUCUCAAAACCAAGAAUCCCAAACUGAAAAUUCUCUUGUCCAUUGGAGGAUACCUGUUUGGUUCCAAAGGGUUCCACCCCAUGGUGGAUUCUUCUACAUCACGCUUGGAAUUCGUUAACUCCGUAAUCCUGUUUCUGAGGAACCAUAACUUUGAUGGACUGGAUGUAAGCUGGAUCUACCCAGAUCAGAAAGAAAACACUCAUUUCACUCUGCUGAUUCAUGAGUUAGCAGAAGCCUUUCAGAAGGACUUCACAAAAUCCACCAAGGAAAGGCUUCUCUUGACUGCAGGUGUAUCUGCCGGGAGGCAAAUGAUUGAUAACAGCUAUCAAGUUGAGAAACUGGCAAAAGAUCUGGAUUUCAUCAACCUCCUGUCCUUUGACUUCCAUGGGUCUUGGGAAAAGCCCCUUAUCACUGGCCACAACAGCCCUCUGAGCAAGGGGUGGCAGGACAGAGGGCCAAGCUCCUACUACAAUGUGGAAUAUGCUGUGGGGUACUGGAUACACAAGGGAAUGCCUUCAGAGAAGGUGGUCAUGGGCAUCCCCACCUAUGGGCACUCCUUCACACUGGCCACUGCAGAAACCACCGUGGGGGCCCCUGCCUCUGGCCCUGGAGCUGCUGGACCCAUCACAGAGUCUUCAGGCUUCCUGGCCUAUUAUGAGAUCUGCCAGUUUCUGAAAGGAGCCAAGAUCACAAGGCUCCAGGAUCAGCAGGUUCCCUACGCAGUCAAGGGGAACCAGUGGGUGGGCUAUGAUGAUGUGGAGAGUAUGGAGACCAAGGUUCGGUUCUUAAAGAAUUUAAACCUGGGAGGAGCCAUGAUCUGGUCUAUUGACAUGGAUGACUUCACUGGCAAAUCCUGCAACCAGGGCCCUUACCCUCUUGUCCAAGCAGUCAAGAGAAGCCUUGGCUCCCUGUGAAGGAUUAGCUUACAGAGAAGCAGGCAAGGUGACCUUGCUGCCUGGGGCCUGCUCUCUCCCAGGAAUCUAAUGUGGGAUUCCCCUUGCCAGGCUGGCCUUUGGAUCUCUCUUCCAAGCCUUUCCUGACCUCCUCUUAAAUCAUGGAUUGGACCUGGUUUUGUUUUCCUGCAGCUGUUGACUUGUUGCCCUGAAGUACAAUUAAAAAAAAAAUUCAUUUUGCUCCAGUAA